AUGGCCGCAUGGCCACGGGCCUCGGUAGACAACCCCUGUGCCCCGCGUCCAACCGACCUGCAUUCGGCCAAGUCGAUCAUUAAGUCCGACUAUUUCUUUCUCUUCUUUCUGUACAUUUAUCCUCACGGUCAAUUCCAGAGAUUCACUCAAUUGCUGUUUGUUCAGCUUGAUCCUCUUUCAUCCUCUUUCAUCCCCGCAAUUCAACUCCGCCCCCGCAAAUCCACCCCCGGACUCCAUCACACACAAUACAAAAUGGCCCUCAGCUGGAGAUCAACCCGCCAUGUCUCUAAGAUUGCCCAGGCAGCACGACCUGUCCUCUCGGCACGUCAUUAUGCGACCGCUGAGCCCGACUUGAAGACCACCUUGAAGGAGGUCAUCCCGGCUAAGCGGGAGCUACUUAAGAAGGUCAAGGCACAGAGUGAUGAUGUGAUCGGUGAUGUUAAGGUCGGAAAUGUCAUUGGUGGUAUGCGUGGCCUCAAGGCGAUGCUCUGGGAGGGCUCCGUCCUGGACGCGGAUGAGGGAAUCCGCUUCCACGGCAAGACAAUCAAGGACUGCCAGAAGGAGCUACCCAAGGGCACAACUGGAACCGAAAUGCUUCCCGAGGCCAUGUUCUGGCUGUUGCUGACGGGCCAGGUGCCCUCGACAGGGCAGGUUCGUGCCUUUUCGCGCGAGCUGGCCGAGAAGUCUGAACUUCCCCCCUACAUUCUGGAUCUGAUCAAGUCAUUCCCCGCCACAAUGCACCCUAUGACUCAGCUAUCCAUUGCUGUCGCAGCCCUGAACACCGAAUCCAAGUUCGCCAAGGCAUAUGAGAAUGGCAUCAACAAGGCGGACUACUGGGAGCCCACCUUUGACGACAGCAUCUCCCUCCUUGCCAAGAUUCCUCGCGUGGCAGCACUUGUCUUCCGCCCCAAUGACAUCGAUCUCGUUGGUAACCAGAAGCUGGACGCUGCGCAGGAUUGGUCGCACAAUUUCGCAGAGCUGCUGGGCAAGGGUGGCUCAGAGCAUGCUGACUUCCACGACCUGCUCCGUCUUUACCUAGCUCUGCACGGUGACCAUGAAGGUGGUAACGUGUCAGCCCACGCGACUCACCUCGUCGGAAGCGCCCUGAGCGACCCCUUCCUGAGCUACAGCGCUGGUCUUCUGGGCCUGGCUGGCCCACUCCACGGCCUGGCAGCCCAGGAAGUUCUCCGCUGGGUGAAUGCCAUGCAGGAAAAGAUCGGAACCAAGUUCACAGAUGAGGAUGUCCGGGCCUAUCUCUGGGAUACCCUCAAGUCGGGUCGUGUGGUCCCUGGAUAUGGUCACGGCGUUCUGCGCAAGCCCGACCCUCGUUUCGAGGCCCUGAUGGACUUUGCCGCCACCCGGCCCGACGUUCUGGCCAACCCGGUAUUCCAGUUGGUCAAGAAAAACUCGGAGAUCGCUCCUGGUGUGCUUACUGAACACGGAAAGACCAAGAACCCAUACCCCAACGUCGAUGCGGCCAGUGGCGUUCUCUUCCACCACUUUGGUUUCCAACAGCCCCUUUACUACACCGUCGCUUUCGGUGUCAGCCGUGCUCUUGGCCCCCUGUCCCAGCUGAUCUGGGAUCGCGUUCUUGGCAUGCCCAUUGAGCGCCCUAAGAGCAUCAACCUCUUGGGCCUGCUCAAGAAAUAG